AAGGCUACAAAUUACAAUACAGUAAUAAUACAGCACACAAUAGUAUACAAACCGCAAGGCUUAAAUUCCGAAAUUUCCAGCUCAAAACAUCCAUCAUCGACAUCUCCUGACAAGAUAAAAUCAAAUGAUUCAUUAUCUUGUUCCCAAAAUAAAGAUGCAGAGAUUAUUGGGAGCCGGAAAAUCUGUAGCAGCAGCAGCUGCGGGAGCUUUUACGAGGAAGCACCGUGCUCUCUCUUCAUCUUCUAUGCUCUUCGAUGAUACUCAGAUUCAGUUUAAGGAAAGCGUUGCACAGUUUGCUCAAGAAAAUAUAGCACCUCAUGCAUCAAAAAUUGAUAAAGCAAAUUCUUUUCCGAAGGAGGUCAACUUAUGGAAACUAAUGGGAGAUUUUAAUCUUCUUGGAAUAACUGCUCCAGAGGAUUAUGGGGGACUUGGUCUUGGUUAUUUGUAUCAUUGCAUAGCAAUGGAAGAAAUUAGCCGAGCUUCUGGAUCGGUGGGCCUUUCCUUUGGUGCACAUACCAAUCUGUGCAUUAAUCAGUUGGUGAGGAAUGGAAACGCUACACAGAAGCAAAAAUACUUGCCUAAGCUUAUCAGCGGAGAGCAUGUGGGAGCACUUGCAAUGAGUGAACCUAAUGCUGGUUCGGAUGUUGUUAGCAUGAAAUGCAAGGCUGAUAGUGUUGAUGGGGGUUAUAUUUUGAAUGGAAACAAGAUGUGGUGCACGAAUGGCCCAACUGCUCAGACACUGGUUGUAUAUGCAAAAACGGAUAUUGCUGCCAAGUCAAAAGGAAUUACAGCAUUCAUUAUCGAGAAGGGAAUGCCUGGAUUUAGUACUGCACAGAAGUUGGACAAACUUGGGAUGCGAGGCAGUGACACAUGCGAGCUUGUGUUCGAGAAUUGUUUUGUCCCUAGAGAAAAUAUUCUUGGGCAGGAAGGAAAAGGAGUUUAUGUUAUGAUGUCUGGGCUGGAUUUGGAGAGGCUUGUUCUGGCUGCUGGACCAGUGGGCCUCAUGCAGGCAUGCCUUGAUAUUGUUAUUCCGUAUGUUCGGCAGAGAGAACAGUUUGGCAGCCCGAUUGGACAGUUCCAGUUUAUACAGGGGAAAGUUGCUGACAUGUAUACUUCCUUACAAUCUUCAAGAUCGUAUGUUUACUCAGUCGCAAGGGACUGUGACAAUGGAAGAGCGGAUCCAAAGGAUUGUGCUGGUGUAAUACUCACAGCAGCUGAGAGAGCCACCCAAGUCGCAUUGCAGGCUAUUCAGUGUUUAGGUGGCAAUGGAUAUGUAAACGAGUAUGAUACUGGGCGUCUUCUUCGCGACGCCAAAUUAUACGAAAUUGGAGCAGGAACUAGCGAGAUUAGAAGAAUGAUUAUUGGCCGGGAGCUGUUUAAGGAAAGCUGAUAAAGAAAAAUUACAGGAAGAACUACUUGAAGUUGCAUGUUUCACUUCUUUGUGGUUUACAAACUGUUUUACUCUCACAAUUUAAAUGUAAAAGUUUCUCUGGACCCUAACAAAAGGGGGUGUUGGCCCUCUCGGUCACUAUUUCAAUAAAUAAUGCCCCAAAUAGCAUGUUCUGAAAAAAUGGCCUCAAAUAUAACUUCAAAACGUUA